AUUCUAUCUCCAUUGCGUCUCUGUAUUCUUCGGUGUACUCUCUGAGUCGGGCUUGUCAAACUUCCACUUUGGCCAGUGGACAGUGAACAUCCCCUUCACUCUACACCACCAGGUGCAAACCAGCGCCAUGCCUCGCCUCCUCGAUAUCAUCUCGAUCGGAAUGAUCGCCAUCUUCUGGGCGACCCGACCAACCCUCGCAUCCUCCAUCCCCCGAGAAAUGGCAACCAACGCCAGUCUCUCUGCCCUUGCCAGCGUCGAUGACGACGAGCCUACAUCUUACAAAAGAUGUGACUGGAAUUCGCAAUGCGACUACGGCUAUAUCUGUGAUCAGAAAUGCACCCUCGGCUGUGCCAACACCACCGACUGCGUUGCAGGUCAGACUUGCAAGGAUUUUCGAUGCCACACGGAAGAGGAUGUGCCUUGUGGUCCUUUUGGUUCGAUUUGUGGGAAGAAUGAUGAUUGUUGUUCUGGGCAAUGCAAGAGGAUCUGGUUUAUCUGGAUCAAGAAGUGUCAGCAUGAGGUGCGGCGGGCUAAGAACUUGGGUGGCUGA